UUUAGGGGAGUAUAUAAAAGAAAAAAAGAAAUUCAGAGGAGAUCGUCGCCUGUCUCUCCGUCUUACUGCAUAAUGAUCACUGAGCAGUCACAGAGGCUGCCGCGUGGUUUCAGGAUGAUCCAUAACUUCAAUAUUGCUGUUAAGCGCGAUUUCUUUUAUUGCCUUCUGGAUCAGAAUGUCUCCUUUCGUCUCCUUGCUUUUACUCUCUCGCCUGGGGAUUGUUAAUUUUCAAGAAUCUCAACUAUCACCAUUUGGAGACAUUUAUUCUCCAACUAUUUCUGGAUAGGCUUUGGUGCGAAUGAUCUCAUCUGCUGUAAAGCUGCAAAUACCUUAUCACUUCAAAAGUUUAAACUGGGUCUCUAGUUAGGAGUGGAUUCCACAAUGUUUUUUGGGAUUGGGUAUUUCAAAUGCUCUUCCACAUCAAGAGCCGAUUGGGAAUAUUGAACGAUCGGUUUUCUCAAAUUCAGAAUUUGAAAUCUGUGGAGCAACCUGAUCAUGUUGUGCAGUUGAUUAAUGCUUAUUGUACCAACGUGGAAAUCAUCUUAUCAGAAAUUGAAAGCUAUAGUAGUCAUCCUGAUGUUGAUUUUUCUAAGUUGACUUCACUGGCCCGGCAAGUUGAGGAAAGAAGCUCAAGAAUAGGUGCUGAGCAUGUGAGACUUGCAUGCACAGGGCUCAUACAGGCUUGUGAUCAACUUCAAGAGGACAAGUUUCUAAUGGCCCUGAGUUGGAUGAAGAAUGAAUUCACUAUUACCCGCGACAAGUUGCAGGCUAUUGUUCAGAUGGAUCGGAGGAUCAUGAGACUUGACCGGAAACUACAGAAGUAAACAGCAAUUUCAAAUUCUUCUCAAAAUGUAUAGGAGAGAGAUUGCUGAUUUUCCCUUUGGAAGUAAUUCUGAGUACAGAUGUAAUCAGCUUAUGAUCCGUUUGUUCUUUUUAGUUGGUAAAAAAGAAAAAAAAAAAAAAAAAAAGAGAGAGAAAAGAAAUAUUAAAGAAUGGAGGGUGGAAGGGAUUAAGUUUGGUGAAUCCUUGAACUCAGUGAAGUAAUGUUCUGGGGAGACAAUGAUCUGUAGAAUAUGAAUGACAGAACAAAAUUAAUCAUAAACAUUAAAUAGCAUGUCUCACUAGAAAAAAAAGAAAAUUAUAUUAUCAUGCAUUGAUGUACAUUUGCUUGCUUCUA